AAUGAUGUUCCAAUGAUUGUAAAUCUCGGAUUGACCGAUCCUAUAGCGGUACACGAGGGGACGCCGCUCGGAACGACUGUGUAUACGAUACAAUAUGUUGAUAUCGAUACAACAGAUUCCCACACCGUCCAUGUGACAUAUGACGAAACUUGGGCAACCAACUAUUUUGGAUUAAAUGUAUCAACCGGUGUUCUUACAACUGAAUAUAAUAUCUUGGAUUAUGAAGAGCUGGACCCUAGUUGGACAGCAAUUGCGACAAUAACAGUAUCUGAUAGCCUCGAUACCGCAACAGGAACGUUGACAAUCCACAUCCGGAAUGUGAACGAGGCUCCGUAUUUUCACCAAACGAAAUAUUCAUUUGAACCAAUAGAGCAAGGCUGGAGGGAGGCUGAUAUUGGAGACUGGAAUCCGGUUAUGAGUGAUCCCGAUAACGAUAUUGCCACACCUUUAGAUACCCACGUGUAUACGAUGGACUGUGGAGAUUAUACUCGAUAUUUCCGUAUGAACAGGACUGACGCCUCGAUAAAAUUCUUCACGAAGUUUGAUUAUGACACGGCCAACUUUACUGGCCCAUUUAACUGUAUUGUCACAGUAACAGAUAAGGCCGGACUAACGGGGACGACAACGCUAGAGAUUGAUUUACAUGAUAACAAUGACAACAGACCUAUCUUCUUCAGCCAAACUGAUAACUAUAUAUUUCAAACACCAAACCUAGAACCGGGUAGAUUUGUUGGUCAAGUUACUGCCACGGAUGGCGACAGAUCAGCUGAAUAUAACCAAAUCCACUACAGGAUCCUCUCAUCACCUUUUCCUAAAGAUUUCAUUCUGAUAAAUGACUUUGGAAAUAUUUACGUGAAUGAGUCAUGGACGUCUGCGUAUUUCUACUAUGACGUCUCUUAUGUAUUGCUUAUAAGAGCUGAGAACAAUGUAGAUAGAGACGAACUACGUCGGUCAAAUACGGCAACGGUUACCUUAUUCAUUUCUGGGACAUCUACGGUGGUACCAGUGACUACAGACCGACCUUUCACGUUUAUUGAGGACAACAGGAACAUUGCAUGGCUAACAGUGGUUCUUACAUUCGGUGUGUUGUUGCUAGUUAUUGUCUGUGGUUUUAUGAUGAUGUACAGUAUCCAGAUAAAAAGGUUUAGAUGGUGUAUACCCUGGUGCCGUAAACGUCUGCUGGGAUUGAAGAGUAUGACAAGAAGAGAAAAGAGAAGGUACUACCGUGGUCUACUGCUACAGGAAGAGAUGGAUGAGAUGAAUGAAGACUCAGAUGAUGAUGAAGAUGUUACAACUGCUCUCCAACACAGGGAGGAUGAUGACGAGGAUGCGGCAGCGCCACCUAUGUUGUGGGCGAGACUCAAAGCUAAAGGGGAAUUUGUAGCACGUGGUCCUACAGUCAGGAAAGCUGGUGUCCCUCGAGCAGCUGUAUACGAUGAGCCCAAACCACAACUCAAGAAAGAAACGUCGAAGAAAUUGAUGAAAUCUGAUUCAGAUUUUUGGAACAGUUAAAGAUAUACAUUACAGAGGCAUCAAGUAAACACAGACAAAAUAAUAAUAUUUAUCUUUGAGAAGUAACUAAGAUUACCAAGUUCAGGGUCCAUAUCUAAUUAGUGACAGUUAUUUUACUAGUGAUAUUGAAUAAACAAAUUAAGUUUG